AGUUGCGCGUAGAUAUCUCGUUUUACCGUGGGUUUUGAUUCUGGCAUAUCAACGGAACAGAACGGAGAACCUUCUUUUGGUGUUUUGCUCGGAGAAGCAUGGCGUGACAACUUGUCCGGGGAAGGUCCUCUAGGGGUCAUAUCCGGGGUGUUUUGUGGAACUUUUUUGGGACUAGCAGAUCGCUCUUUCUGAGACGUUGUUCUUUCAACGCUAUCGUAGCUGUCGUUGUUGAAGGUUGAUUCCUGGGUCGAAGAUUCCUUGAACGUCGAUUGCUUACGUUCGGAUGUGAUAGUUGGCUUCAUGUAGUCGCGAUUGGACAGCUCCGAACGACUUGUUCGGGUAGUAGUGUGGGAACUGAAACGACUAGUAUCGGAGUCUCGGGAUGGAGAUCGUCGAUCACGUCGGGACUUAUCGGGACUUACGCUUGAUCGACCUGUGGUUGAAGUAGAGCGGACUGAUCGUACGCUUCCAGUUGGUGAAACGCAGCGUAGCGAGCGAGCAAACGAAUCAUGAGCAGCACUCAUGUCCACCGAAAUCUUAUGCUGUGCGGUGCUUUGUGACGUUUCAACGUGUUCGCUUCGUUCCCGAUCAGCACGUUCAUCUAGGAUGAAUUGCUGGUUAGUUAUUUUAUCGGAGAUAUCUCGUUUAGUGUUUCGGUUUUCGAUUUCGUCUUGCUUGUGAAAUGUGGACGCUUCCGAUUCUCGUCGGCUUUGAGACUUGCUCACAGUUGUCGAAGUGGAGGAGGAAGACGCCAUGUGCUGUGUUUCUACUUGUCCAGUUUUUUCGAAAGAACGGGUCGUGACUGUUGUUCCGUCGUCCAAUUUCUUGGUAAUGGUGAUCUGUUUCGUGGUAGGAUUGAUCAUUACAACAUCUUUCGACAGGAUUUGUCCAGGUUGUUCAAGAAGUUUGAAGGCUUCACUAACACGAUCCGGGUCUCUGGACAACGGCUUGCUAGCUAUGUUUCCAUCAACUUCCUGACUCUGUUGGCUGGAGCUGAGCUUCUCUUCUCGAGUACUGCUGGAAGUAGUGGUUUUUUGACUGUUCGACUCUUUAAUACUCGAAUUAGCGCCACUGAAUUCUUUGAUGGGUGCGAAGUCCAUAUCGUCGUUGGAAGUAGUUUGAUGAGACCGAAUCACUCUCGAAGAAGAUGUAGUGACGGACGAGGAUUUCUUCUGAAUUUUACAACCAUCGUCCCCCUCGAUCACAGUAUUUUCGGCGAGAUACGUAGACGACUGAUCGCCUUUGCUGUGCACAAAGUUCUUAUCAUCCCCGUCCAUACGUUCGCUGUGCGCUUCCUCAUUCCUACCGGCGAAUGAGGUUCGCCCAUCUUUGAUGUCUUUAGUUCCUUCGGUAGUGGCGGUACUACGGACGGUGUGUGUUUUGCCAUCGGUGCUCAGUUCCUCUGAAGUCGUUAUGUUCCAGCCACUGUUGUCCGAUGGGAUGACUGUUCCAAACCUGUUACAAAAAAACAAUUUCAUUUCUUCAAUAUUCCAACAAAUAUUCCAGUAAACCUCUCACCUGGUGGGACUCUCGGAGUCCCGAAUCUCCUUGGUCUUGAAACUUUCGAAGCUGUGGUCGGCUAGGGAGUCUCCGUGACUUGCGCCCGUUGACUUAGCCGUGAUGCCGAAUUUGGUGUUGGUGUUCUCCAUGAUGAAGCCGAUGGUGGGGAUGGAAAUCGGAGUUUCCACCUGGUCGUACAGUGCCUUCAGUCGCUCCUCGCGGAGUUUGUACAUAUGCGCCCGGAUCUCCCGCUUCCGGCCGAAGUCCUGUGCCUCGUGCCACUGCAAUAGAAAAAGAAAUGGAGGGGGGAGGGGUCCGUUAGCAAGUUUUCAUCAAUCAUUGAAUAUAUUUGUACGUGUUAGUAAUGUUAUCCUAUAAGAACAGUAUUCUAGUUGACAUGUAAGAAAGACUCCAAUCCACUGUAAAGUGUAUCAAUACAAAGUCAGUUCUAUGACUGUCUGGCGGUAUCGGAACUGAUAGUAUCGAAUUACCCACAUUGGAAGAAGACAAAAUUACAACGCUCAGUCUAGUUUGUAGUCAGUUAUCCACGAAAACUUCAGCGCGCGAAAUGUUCAUCCUCUGGUGGUUCUCAGCACUCAUCCUAGUGCAGCAAUGCAAACUGGGCGGAUCGGCUGCAGCAGAGCUGCGCCGUUAUGGCGACUUCCGCGAUUGGUAUCUAGAUAACGUUUUCCUCCCGAACCGGAAACCUGUGUUACCCCGAGCGGGUAAAACCAUGGAAGCGUACCGGGCCAUGGAUACCCCGAUGUACGAGUACGAUUGCGAUGUCCACUAUGAUCUUAUUUGGAGGGAGUUAAGUUUUCUGAGAAACCUUCUGGAUAAAUGUGGCAACUGUAGUCGUCAGGAUCAGUUUCCGGUAUCGGAUGAACCGUUUUGUCGCAGGGAACUUUGUCAUCCAGGGGUGAGUUGUCGGCAGAUCAACGACGUACCGCACUGUGGGCUCUGUCCGAUAGGGUUUGACGGGGAUGGAAGAGUUUGUCAGAAGAGGAAUCUGUGUUUGGAAAACCCCUGCUUCCAGGGCGUGGAUUGUACGAUUAGUGAAGACUUUCCGUAUUACAGCUGUGGGUCUUGUCCAAGUGGUUACGAAGGUGAUGGUAAAGAGUGUCGUAGAAUGGAUGUAUGCGGUUCAAAGCCUUGCUUCAGCGGGGUAAGCUGCCAGUGGAAGAAAGAGCCCCCGCACUUUGAAUGUGGAGAAUGUCCCAAGGGUUUCGAGGGUAACGGAAAGUUCUGUAGCAGGAAUGCAUGUCAACUGAAGCCUUGUUUUUCGGGGGUUAGCUGUCAGAAGAAACUUGCUGAACCGUUUUUUGUCUGCGGAGAGUGUCCGGUGGGAAUGGCUGGUAAUGGAGUGAUGUGUGGGAAAGAUUCUGAUUUGGACGGUUAUCCGGAUGAGAAGUUGAGUUGUUCGGAUCCGGUGUGUCGAAGCGAUAAUUGUAGAUUGCUGCCGAACUCCGGGCAGGAAGAUCGGAAUCGAGACGGAAUUGGUGAUGCCUGUGAGCUGGAUGUGGACUUUGAUGGGAAGAAAAAUGAGUUGGAUAAUUGUCCGUACGAUGCUAAUCCUGGUCAGGAGGAUAGCGAUGGAGAUUUUAUUGGAGAUAAGUGCGAUAAUUGUGUUUACGUGAGUAAUACGCUUCAGUUAGACUUGGAUGGAGAUGGAAUUGGAAACUCGUGUGACGACGAUGUGGACGGUGAUGGUAUAGCGAAUCGCCACGAUAAUUGCGUGCUCGUUCACAAUGCUGAUCAGGUGGAUAGGGACGGAGAUGGCAUUGGUGAUGCUUGUGACAACUGUCCAGAUGGUUGGAAUCCCAAACAGGAAGAUUCUGACGGUGAUGAGGUGGGAGAUGUUUGCGAUACCGAGCGAGAUCAAGAUGAAGAUGGCGUUCAAGACGAUAGAGACAACUGCAGGGAGUUAGCAAACGUCGAUCAGUUGGAUAGCGAUGGUGAUGGGCUGGGAGAUGCCUGUGAUGACGAUCGAGAUAACGAUGGAGUUCCGAAUGAUGAAGACAAUUGCAUGCUCAUAGCGAACGCUGAUCAAAAAGAUGAAAAUGCAAAUGGUGUUGGCGACGCCUGUGAACUGGACUUCGAUGGGGAUGGAAUCGUCGAUUGGCUGGACAACUGUCCUAGGAAUGCUGAAAUAAAGCAUUCAGAUUUCCGCAAUUUCACCACGGUAGCUUUGGAUCCGUUUGGAGACAGUCAGCAGGAUCCAUAUUGGGAGAUCCGUAACAAGGGGGCAGAAAUCUUUCAAAAGUUCAACAGCGACCCUGGACUAGCGAUCGGUCGUGAUCGUAUGCGAGGGGUAGAUUUCGAGGGUACCUUCCACGUCAACGAUCCACUGUACGGCGAUGAUGAUUUUGUUGGAUUUGUCUUCGGCUACGUCAAAAACAGGAAGUUCUACGUAGUUUCGUGGAAACAAGCUUACCAAUACUAUUGGGAAAUGAACCCAUUUAUUGCCAAAGCAACUUCUGGGAUAUUAUUAAAAUUGGUCAACAGUACCACUGGGCCAGGAGUCACACUCAGAAACAGUUUGUGGAACGAUGGCAGUAUUGAGGGCCAAACGAAACUGCUGUGGCAAGAUACGGUUAAACGGGGAUGGGCCUUCAAAACGGCUUAUCGCUGGAGAUUGCUGCAUCGUCCCGCCAUAGGUUUGAUACGUUUCCAACUGUACAAGGGCACGGAUUUGCAGGCCGACUCGGGAAACAUUUUCGAUCGAACUAUCCGAGGAGGACGGCUGGGAGUCUAUUGCUUUUCGCAAGCCGGUAUCACCUGGUCCAACUUGAUAUACCGAUGCGAGGAUACAAUUCCGAAAAAUAUAUACAACGAAAUCGAGGGCAGAUUGAGCUGGCAGCAAAAACGUAAAAUCAAAGUAGCCGAUACUCUGUGGUAACCUUAGUUACAACUUCAUACACGAUUGAACCCAAUAGGUCAAUCUUUAUUGAGGAACGUUUUGAAGAAG